CAUUUAACGGGUUGCGUCGUUACUACGAACUCAAUAUAUAUAAUUUUAUCGAACACACAGAGAUCCGUCGUCUGAAACUCAAGAGUUGCUUUUUCCCCAAUUCUCAGAUCAGCAUCUAGCCCUAGCUCAACAAAUCCGUCAUGGCGUCCAAGCAAGGAGGAAAGGCGAAACCUUUGAAGCAGCCAAAAGCUGAUAAGAAGGAAUACGAUGAGCACGAUAUGGCCAACCUUCAGAAGAAGAAAGAUGAGGAAAAGGUUAGUUCCUUUUUUUCAAGCGAAGUCUGUAUCUCCUGCACUAGAGAGAGCCACUACUUUAGGGGGUUGGGUUUUCUAGAAGAGUAUAAAGUGCCACUUUGGUCAUAUUGUCAAAUCUAUGAGCACUAGUAAUGUGACAUUAUACCUGGUGAAGUGGUGACUCAACAAGAUGGGGUCAGUUUGUUAAUUGGUUACUUGUUUAGAUAUUCAUUACGGUGUCUUUCUUUUAAAAUUCGGGAAAUGGUAUUGGCUGGGACGCUUAUUUCAACGAUAGUAGUUUGAUUAGAACGUGAACACUGACCCGCAAUAAGAUGCUUACUUCACUUUGUUCUGACCCAAUGAUGCCAAAAUACAUUUUUAGCCUCUCUUUUGCAUGAGAAGGUCAGACAGGGAUAGUUCUUUAUUGAAAGCCUGACCCCUUUUUUUUUGGACGGGAAUGAUA